AUGCGAUUGCUUGUCACUCGUAAGGUGCUUAUUUAUCCUUGUUGUCAAAUGUCUGGAGGUUUCUCCAAUAUUACUGGCGUUACAGCCAAAAGAUUUUCAAACUUUGAACCCCGAUGGGAAUCUCUGGAUCGAAGAAUACUUCCGAAAUGGUACGACGAUGCUAAGUUUGGAAUAUUUAUUCACUAGGGUGUAUAUUCAGUAACCGCGUUUAAAUCAGAAUGGUUUUGGUGGUAUUGGAAAGGAAAAGGUUAUAAGGAAUACAAUGAUUACAUGCGUCAUAAUUUCCCAUCACAAUCAUACCAAGACCUAGCUUCUAAAUUAAGUGGAAGUAACUUUAAUGCAAAUGAAUGGGCUGAGUUAGUUGAAAAUUCCGGUGCCAAGUAUUUUGUGUUUACGAGUAAGCACCAUGAAGGUUUUACACACUGGAAAUAAGAUGAGUCAUGGAACUAAAAUUCUGUAGAUUUGGGUCCUAAAAUAGAUAAAAAAACUUUUCCACAACUUUAUGAUUUGGUUAAGAAGUGCAAACCUUAUUAUAUUUGGUCUGAUGGUGAUUGGGAGGCUAAUAGUGACUAUUGGAACAGUACUAAUUUUCUUGCAUGGUUAUACAAUGAGUGUCCUGUUAGAGACAAUGUAGUUGUAAAUGAUCGAUGGGGAAAAGAUGCAAAUUGUAACCACGGAGAUGUCAAAACGUGCAGCGAUCGAUAUAAUCCAGGUAAAAUGAUGCCUUUUAAAUGGGAAAAUGCUAUGACGAUUGACAAAGAGUCAUGGGGUUACAGAAAAGAAGCCAAACUUGAGAGUUACAUAAAAACAAGCGAAAUAAUUAAAAGCCUUGUUGAAACAGUUAGUUAUGGUGGAAAUUUGCUCCUCAAUGUUGGGCCUACAGCAGAAGGACGAGUUAUACCAAUAUACGAGGAAAGGCUCCGUGAUAUUGGAAAAUGGCUUCGAAUAAAUGGUGAAGCAAUUUACGGAACCAAGCCAUGGAGAGUUCAAAAAGAUUUAAAUAGCAAGAAUGUAUGGUAUACUAAAAAAUUUCAUUACGUCUAUGCAAUUAUGUGUGGUUGGCCAGAAAAUAGAUAUUUGCACUUGGGUUCUCCAAAAACGAAUUCAUUAACAAGUUUAACGUUGUUGGGUUAUUCGGUGAAUCGCAAUAAUUCCUUGGCAUCCUAUAACUUUUCAAACAAUACAGUUAAAUUGUGUAGAAUUAAUCAAAUUUCCAAUAAAAGAAAUUCAGAAAAUUUACAUUUCUUCAAAGCAAAAAAUGACUCUCAAUAUUUAAUACUGAUAUACACGCCUUUCUUCCGUUCAUUUCCAUGGAAGUUCUUUAUUCCGAGCAGCUGUAACUUCAAUACCUCAAUUUUUCAAAUAACAUACGAAAAAGAAAAUUUCGAUAAAAGUGAUUUAGUAUUGUUUCAUUCACGAGAUAUGCCAGUAACCUCAGAACUUGAAUGCCUCUAUUCUUUUAAGAAACAAUCUCAAUUAUGGAUUUAUUUUACUCUUGAGUCUAUAUUACGUAAUCCACCAGUCUUUAACAUUAAUAGUUUUUUUGACAUGACUGCUGUGUAUGGAACAGCGGGUGACAUUUAUAUGCCUUACAGAUUUCACAAAAAAGCUAAAAACAAAAAUAGAUAUAUUAAAAAAAAUUACUUUGCAAACAAAACAAAGGAAGUUGCAUGGUUGGUCAGCCGAUGCGAUACUCCUGAAAGAAAUGAAUUGGCAAGUAAGCUAAUAUCUUAUGGUGUCCAAAUCGACAUACUUGGUAAAUGUUCUUACCUUUUCAAACCGUUAAAACCUUGGUCUUUUUCUGUUUCUUCUGUUUGGUCUGCUUGCCAUGGUAGAUCCUGCAAUCUUGAUUUAAAAAGUUAUAAGUUUUUUUAUGCUGCAGAAAACUCAUUAUGUGAUGGUUACAUAAGUGAAAAGUAUUGGGAACAUCCCUUUAACCAUGAUAUGAUUCCCAUUGUGUUAGGUGGAUCUAACUACUCCGACCCAAAAUUAGCUAUUCCAGGAUCUUUUAUUGACGCAAUGAGCUUUUCUUCUCCUAGAGCACUUGCAAAACACAUUUUAGCUGUUAGUAAAAAUGCAAAAAAAUACAACUCAUAUUUUAAAUGGAAAAAACGUUGGACACUUGAUUCAGAUAACAUUUAUUGUUCAUUUUGUAGAACUCUUUUAAAUGGAAUUAAACUUCGAAAGAAUACUCUUUCCUUAACAAUGAAUAUGGAUAAGUGCUCUAAACCAAAACUAAAGUUUUAUAACUGGAUUAAUAAAGUGAUGUAAAAAAUUUAAAGUGUUUUUAUUUUAUUUUAACUUUA